AUGACUGAUCUGUUCGAGAUACUACGUUUUGUGGACGGCAAACAGGGCGAUGGCGCCGGGGAAGGGAGGGCGUUUGACACCGCCGACGUGCCGUCCAGUGGCGAACACUUCAUUUCCCGGAUGCGCGAGUAUCUUCCGCUGUUCGAGGUGUGGGUUCGUGAUGUCCGUUGCAAACCCCCAAACAGAAAAAACCCGGGGGCUCGCACUACUGCAAAGGUGUACGACAUCCCCAUUACACAAGUGCUCGCGUUUCUGUUGACGUCGAAAGAGUCUAUGGAAGAGGUGGUCCAGAACCCCGGGGGCGCUGUGCAUCUGUUUCCGGUGCCCACACGCCCUGUCGGGAACGCGCGGCGCAACAACAUGCACGGCACCAUCGUACAAGCCAUGUCGCAGUUUAACACGGAUGGAUUCCUCACUUCGGGUCAAACAAGAUUGUACGUCGGAGAAGUUGCAAUGUGCGACCUCCGACAGCCAGGGGCGGCUCAACCACGUCAGGUGCCCUGCCGCGUGGUCAGGUCUUUCUUCGACGAGCAAACAAGGAGACUGGUAGUCGUGGUGCGGUGCUUCCGCGAUGCGCACGAAGUAUUGGGGUACCCCUACACGAGUCCUGACUUCACUAGGGAUGGGUUGGUGCGUUUGUUGGAGGAGGUUGGCACGGCGUCGGAAGUGGUUCUGCGGGAUGAAGCAAGGCGCCAGGGUUGGUCAUUUUCCGGCGAGGGAUUCGUCGAGAAGCGACGGGGUGGUCGAUGGUUGCAGCUGGAGGAUCCGCUCAAGAAGGGAUGGAGGCGAGCCGGGGGGGUAGAGGAGGACUACCCGAACAUGCGAGACCCGGACGUACUUCAUAACACUCACAACCUGCCGUACAUUGGCCUGCCAGUCGGACUUUUCGCCGACGACUUCAACGUGUUCGACAUGAGCAAUCCUACCUCCAAGACAGAAGUGCCUUGCGGCAACUGCGCCGUUCGUCAAAGCAAUGUCGAGGGGGAGACAGGAGGGGACCUUGGCGAUAGGAAUUUCGACAUCGUCAAAUAUCGACGGAAGCGUGGGGAGGUCGAACUCGGUCGGUCAGAGCUGGAGAAGCUUGGAUUCGGGACACCUCAGGCUGUGGCGUUGUCAAAGAAACUCGGCAUUGUCGAGCCUCACCCGUCAAUGCGUGUCCAGCCACGCCUCCUGUGGGAUCUGACGUCACACCACUCACCUAUGGUCUCCGAAGGCCCCGAGCUUCUCCACCUCGACUUCCUGAACCAUCUAGGAGGAGUGCAAACAUUCUUCCUCGGCUUACUUUCGCCGGCCGGAAGAGCUCAUGUGACGGGAGUAGUCAGGCAGCGAGGUGGCUUGUAUGGCCCGGGGGCAUUGCCAUUGAAGGACCCUAUCAAGGACUACACAGGCUACACAGGCAGUCACAAGGGGCUUUUCGGGAGCGUCCAGCUCAUCGUGUUCCGUGGCCUUCUCGCAUCCGUUGGCGCGAUGAGGCACUACCUCAGCUCAAAUGCACUUCGUGCCCAAAACAUCGAGGUGUGGGGCCGACUUAACGACGAGGGCGUGUUGGAUCGGCUGCGCCAGUACCUCCAGGCCUCGUCUGCCCUUACCUUCGCUGCCCGCGGGCAGGUGUUCUCCGACUCAGACCUGGUAGAACUUCACGUGCGAGCAGGAGAUAUGGUCGAGAAUUCAAAGCUCACGCUUGGUCGGGAGGGCGUGAAGACAACCAUGCACCAGUGGCUCCACGUCGCUGAGUCCAUCCGAGCCCAUGGGCGCCCUCAGGAUGCAAACGUGGGGGAGGCAGGACACCAAACUCACAAGAGGAGCAGAAAGUCGAGCAGCAACAGGGAUCCCGCCGCACACCACGCAAGGAGAACGAACACGUUCCUGGCGCUUCACAGGCUGACCUCACCUGAGCCCUACACAGCGAAUCGAUAUUCGUACUCCUCGAAGACGAAGGUGACCGAGCAAGUUACGUCCGGUCCGGGAUGCCGGCGCAUCCUUGCAGCCCUCGGCGACCGCCUUCGGGGAGGGCUAAACGGUGUCGUUGACGCGGAUGCCUCGACGACCCCGACGGCAUCAAUGAAGGACGGCAAGUACCAGGGCUCGGCGAAGUGGCAGGCUACAAUCCUGGGUGGAGGCGAUUUGGCAUGCUCAGAGGACGGAGGGGGGUCGGUGGCCGCAGGAGCGAAAGAGCCAUGGGAGGUGUGUGUAAGCGAAGGCCCGGUCCGUCCACAUGCGGGAGCCAUUCUGCGUGCCAAUGCGGAAUGGUUUUCUUGCGGCCGGUCCGAUGGCGCACUCGACGACUGCGCUGACGCUAGAUGUCCCCUGUGCUGGGAGGGGGGCCACGAGAGUCUGAAAGCUCGUAACAUCUCAUGCUCUCGGUUCAAGCAUGGAGUGCCUCCGAAGACCAGCAGUGGCCUGGGGCGGUUCAAGGGGGGUGACGUCAAAAAGGCCACUGCCACGGGCCCCACCCCACGCCACUGGUGCGUUGGCGACGGACGAGGAGAAUCUGUUGAGAUUUUCACGAGCCCCGAAGCCAAAAGAAAAGACCUGUCCGGUGAUGGUCACGUCACCUUGGGCCUGAUUCUGUACUUCUUCGACCUCGACGGCAACCCACGCCCUGGCCCAACCGCAGCGGCCGAUCCCAUGAUGGAGUACGUGCUUGUUUACGAGUACGUUACUCGCGGGGCUGGACGGUCAAAGAAGGCAGACUCGGUGACGUUGCACCCAACCUACUGGCUGCAGGGGGGGGGAAACAGGGUGCCGUCAGUAUAUCCGGUUGACGCCAUUCGUCGGCACGUCCACAUGUACCACCUCUGCCCUGUAUCGCACUUCGAACCACGGGCCGCAAACACCUCAGCGCUGGCGGAGACGUGCGGUCUUCGCGACGACGACACAGGAAAAGGCGGGAAUGUUUGGAAGCACCACUACAUCUUGGCGGCAGCCAAACCACCUAGCGGGCAGAGAGACGCCUACAUGCUGAACGAGCAUUGGAGGGGUGCUUUCCAGGAUGGUGUUGUCUAG